AUGGGCAGAGGAAAUAAACGCAUUGGCGUAUUCCCCUGGGAGCUAAUCUCAGACGUUCUUGACAAAGUCAUAGAGGAAGCCACGAGAAUCACAAUAUGCGUACCUUACUACCCAAAUACAACGUGGUUCCCCAAGUUCCUGUCACUGUUAGAACAAGACCCGAUGAUAGUCGAAAACACGAACAACACGUUUCUGAACGAGGGCACGACAGUCUGUGGCAAAACACCAUUGGUGGGCACACUAGUAGCAAAGAUAGGCACAAAGUCACCAUGCUUUGACCAAAAACUAGCACAUCCAGCUAUAAAGAUCGUGUCGGUACAAACCGAUGAUGAGUCGGCAGAGCUAGACACAGUCACAUUUGAGGAUAGAGUUACCCUGAUAUCUCAAUACCACUCUGUGGGCCACUACACUGUCGAAGAAACAGUGAAUAAACUUCAACUAAAUGGCCACACAUGGUCACGCCAGAAAGAACAUGUAAACCAAUACAUUGAAGGCUGUGUACCAUGUCUCAAGUACAAAUCCACAAAAAGGGCUUCCACCUUUACAACGAAUAACAGCCGCAUUUCCGGGCGACAAAAUACAAGUGAACACCAUCGGUCCCUUGAUCAACUCGAAUAG